CUUCUCCUGGUCAGCCGCUCUACCUUCGUCCACUUUGAAACCAAUCCCCAAAGAAUACCCCCACUGCCACACGCCCUUAUGAUUUACCUCCUCCCUCCUUGAGCUCAGUGUAAUGUAGAUUCAUCAUCCAAUCCAAUCUUACGGGGCGGCACCGGAAGGACCCUACAACCCCAUCCGCGUCCUUCUACUACCUCGAAAGAGCCUAGCUGUACAUAAAACUAAACACGACGCCUCUUAUUUUGGCGCCCGGGGCCUGGAGAAUCAGAAGUCUAAUCCACAAAAUCUUCCCUACGAGAAGCUGCAUGUAACGUAAGGUUUUGCCUUGGCGGUUGGCCUGUGUAGCGAUGAUGCGGGGGCUGCAAGCUGAUAGCAAACACCGGGUUUCUGCCCGACAGCCUAGAAAGUGAAUGAUCCACUGCAUGUAUAAAGAAAGAGCUUCCCAGUGGCACCCAACAUCCUCUAGAGCUCUUCAUAUCCUACUCCUCUUGUGUUACCACUUCUUUGGAUAGCUAACUCUGCAACUAUUACAAACGGCUUCUAAACGGCUUCAAAAUGGCUGGUGGAGGCGGUAAGCCCCAGAAUAUCUUUAAACUCAAUCGUGGAGAUGAUCCAAAAGAAGUUUUGAACUGGCGACUAUGGUUUGCAGUCCUCUCCUUUGGUAUCAUGGGUGCAGCAAGAGGUAAGAAUUCUAAAUCUCCCGUCAGCCAAAGUCCAUGGUUCAUAGGAUUUUUUUAGGAAUUGAUGAGGGUCUCAUCUCCGGUACACUUGCAAAGAAGAACUUCACUCAGAAACUUGGCUUCGACGAAAUGGAUGAUGUUGAACUUGCAAAUGUCAAAGGAAAUAUCUCUGCUAUGGUCCAAAUCGGUUCCGUAGGUGGUGCUGCUUUGUAAGUUCUACAUUCGUGCAAGUUGUUGCCGUCUGCUAACCUAUUCCCAUAGGGCUUUCAUUCUCUGCGAUCGCAUUGGACGUCUGUGGGCUACUCGACAGCUGUGCGCGUUGUGGAUCCUCGGUAUUGUCAUAUUCCUUACAAAUGGGGGAAGGAUUGGUCAGGUUUACGCUGGUCGAUUUAUCGCUGGACUCGGCAUCGGUCAAACGACCGUGGUAGCUCCAGUCUACCUAUCAGAGAUCGCGCCAAAAUCGGUUCGGGGUCUUUGUACUUGCGCUUUCUCAGGUUCUGUGUACAUUGGAAUUAUGCUUGCAUAUUUCGCUUCCUGGGGAAGUGAACUUCACAUUCCUGUUGGCCCAAAUCAAUGGGUAAGUUGUUCUCUACUUUCGGAAACAGUUUGCUAACUCCUCAAAGGUUGUCCCAACCACAAUUCACAUCAUGUUUGCCGGCAUUAUUGUCAUCCUUUCAUUCUUCAACUACGAGUCCCCACGUUAUUUGAUUAAGAUUGGACAGGAUGACCACGCCACUGUGAACUUGGCCCGCGUCCGAAAUCUCCCAGUGGACCAUGCUCAUGUCAUGAAGGAAAUUGCCGAUAUUCAGCACCAACUACAAGAGGAAAGAGAGGCUACUCUUGGUCAAGGUUGGCUAGGUAUUGUCAAAGAAAUGUUCCUUAUGCCCAAUAACUUGUACCGCAUCUAUCUCGGACUCUUCUCCCAGCUUCUGUCACAAUGGUCUGGAGCUCAGAGUAUCACUAUUUACGCCCCUGAAUUCUUUGCCCUCCUCGGCACCAAGGGUCAGAACGAAAAACUCUUCGCUACAGCGAUUUUUGGAGUCGUCAAAUUCGUAGCAGCAAUCGUGUGUGCUCUUUUCCUCGUCGAUGUUAUUGGACGAAAGCGGUCUUUGGGCAUCGGUAUUACACUUCAAGCAGUUUCCAUGGCCUACAUAGCUGCCUACCUUACAGCAGUACCGCAGUUAGAAGAGGGAGAGGUAUUUACAGCGUCACAAAAACACGCAUCUACUGGAGCAAUCGUCAUGAUCUAUAUCUCCGGUUUUGGAUGGGCCAUGGGAUGGAAUUCCAUGCAAUACCUUCUCAACGCCGAAAUAUACCCUCUCCGUAUCCGUGCUAUCUCCUCAUCGAUGGUGAUGUGUUUCCACUUCGUGAACCAAUACGGAAACUCACGCGCGGUCCCUAACAUGCUUCUUCACAAGAGCGAGGGCGGAUUUGGCCCCGCAGGAACUUUCUGGUUUUUUACUGUAAUCACCAUUCUUGGUGGUGCGUGGGCGUGGCUUUUCAUUCCCGAGACUGCAGGUAGGAGUUUGGAGGGAAUGGAUCGUUUGUUCACACUUAGAUGGUGGCAGAUUGGUAGAUAUGGUCAGAAGGAUGCUGGCGAGCAGGAUCUUGCGCAAGCAAAUAUGGAGGCUGAGAAAGAAAAUGCAAGAGAGACGGUCAACGAGAUUGAGAGAGUCGACAAAGUUUAGUUGGAGGAGAUACGUACGCUGCAAAAAGGUCUUGUUUCUGUUGACUUUCCGUGCAUAUCGUUGAUUCGUUAAAUGGCAAAGUGUU